AGCGUGAAGCAUGGCACGAAUGAAUGGUGCCCGCUAAAAUUUGGAGGACCGUUGUGAUGUAAUUUAAAAGAUAAAUUGACAAAUCAUUUGUUUGAAAAUAAGUUAAAAAAAUGGAAGAAUUCCUAUUAGGGUAUCGUGAAGUUGUACCUGAUCAAACUGUUCCAGAAAAAUGGAAUGAAAUUACAUUGAACACGGGUGGAAGCCAAAGCACCUUACAAGAUAUAAAAGUUCCAGAAAGAGCUGGUGGUUAUUCGUAUAAUGAUUGUUCAAAGUAUUUUACUCGCAAUCGUUUUAUUUAUUGGCAUAUUUGUCAUGAUGUGCUUGAAUUGGUUGAGCAUAGUUUAGACAUUAAUUUGGCCAAUUGUAGAGUAAGAUAUAAAUUUACAGAUACACCACUCUUGGAUGGUAUUUCUAUACACGAAACAAUUAACUCAGUUAUCAUAUUAAUAGUAACGGUUUCUAGUAUUCACAAACUAUCAUUUCCUCAUCCUGAAACAAUUCAUAAAAAUGAACAUUCAUUGAGUACAUACAAAGAUGUAGGUAUACAGUCAAUAUUUAGUGAAGCUUCUACACAAAAUGUAAAAAGAGUAAAAGAUCCUCAUAUGUUUCAUGUUAUUACUAGUGCAGGCACAACAAAUUUUCCAGUGCCUCAUGCAGCUGCAUCAUGGUUUGUUCCUCCACAAGAAGCAUUAUUUGCCCUUGCAUAUAAUUCAGGCACUAUCCUUCUUUUGAGACUAGAUACCAAAACUGGUUUAGUACAUACUAGUGAAUUGAAACAAGAUUCUAUUGUGCCAAGAUUUCUGAGCGGUAUAGCAACUGCUUUUGGUGGCCGUAGUUCCGAAGCCCAUGUAGCUAUGUCAUUAAUGAUACAUAGUUGUGGAAAUGAUACAUAUUUAUUUGCUUUAUGUCGUGAGGGAAACAUUCGUAUGUGGUCUUGCAAUAAAGCUCAAUGCGUAGCAGUAACCGAUGCCACGAUUGAUAAUCGUGUUGCAUCCCAAGGUGCACAAGGUCAUAUGUUGAGAAAAACGUUAGGUCCCAAUAAUGAAUUGUACCUGGGUAUCUUUUUAAAAUUUAGUACUAGAUGCGAAUUCAGUAUUUUAAAGCCUAUUCAAGAUAACGGGAUAUUUAAAUUUAUUAGAUUAUGCACGAGAUUUGCCCAAGAUCAACAUCUAGUUGAUUUUUCUUUUACAACUACUCGAUUAUGGGCUGUUUGGAGAACCACCGAUAUGGACACUGUUGAAGUAACGCAUGCACAAUUAUCGCUAAGCGGUGCACGUGUCAAUUCUGAAUGGGAAACGGCGAUUUUAGAACAAACACCAGAUGGAGAUUAUGUCCUCGGUGAUCCUGAUAUUGAUCCAAGACAAGCAUAUAUCGAUUACAUUUUUCAACCUGGACAGUUUUCCUUGACAGAUAUAACAAAAGCACUGAAUAUCUACAGAAGAUCUAAUUGUAUAGAGGACAAAAUUCUUACCGUGACCGAAUUAAAAGAACGCGUGUGCAUUGCGGUAGAAGCUGAAAUACAGGCUGAAAUUAUGGAUUACGAACUUAUGGAUGAAGAUUAUUUAGAAAUCGCCAAUCGUUGUUGGUCCAAAUUUUAUUCCUGUGUAAUCCAAUAUCAUGCCAACAGCACUAGACCCGUAGGAUUAUUAUUACUACCAAAUGUUUAUGGAGUAAUUUUAUUGAAGAAAUCAUCAUUUUCACUUUUAAGACCAAUGGAAGCUCUAGAAUAUUUAAUAUUCUGUAACGAAAAGUCGUACACAUCUCGUUUUAAAACAACGCCUGUUUUAUCACAAGACGAAGAUAUAUGUCAAGAUCUCAUAACGUUGAUGUCGGCGCUAGUUCUGAUAGAAGGACAAUUAUCAGAAGAAACUAAAGCAGCUAUGAAACGAGAACUGUAUCAUUUAAAAAGUCCAGACAUUAUUAUUGACGAUUUAUUAUCAAGAUUGAUGUUAGAGUCGGAAGAACCUAUUAGCGAUCUCAUUACACAUCACCAUAGUUGUCAUAGAUUGUCAAAUAUUAGAGAUAUAUCUAGUGCUAUGGCAAUGCUAUUAGAAGCGUUGACGUAUGAUCUUGGUCAACCAAAUAAAUUACAAUUGAACGGAGACCACGAUGCUUCGAAACUCUUACUUAAUAUAAAUCACUUUUUUAGUAGUCAGUUAGGUAUUUCAGCAAUAGCGAAAAGUGUAGCUCAAAUAACGCAAUCGAGAUUUUCAAUCUGCAGGAAUUUAUUAAUUUUACAACAAAUAAUACUACUACGACCCGAAUUAUUCGAUUCGCGAUCUUUACAUGCUGUUAAGUCAUCACUAGCACCUAGAACAGUGGUAUUAACACAGGCUUAUUUUGUUGUUACAUGGAUAUGUGAAUCUACAGCAUUACCAAUACCCGGUCAAUCGCUGCUAGAUUCUAGUAUUCAACGUUUGGCACUGUUGAAAUUUGUUGAUUCGAGGACGAACGUAGGCUUCAAACAGCAUCGAACUUUGUCAUUAUUGGAAUUAUUUAUACAAAAUACUGGUGCAAAACAUGCUCAUAGUUUAAUGGCUCAUACAAAUUUAAAUGCAAACACUUUAAUCCCUUGGCAUUAUGGCAUGUUAACGCAUGUUACGCUUAUUGCACAGCUCAUAUGGCCAAGAUCCGGUAAUUUUAUUUUCCCUGAAUGGUUGCUGUCAAGUUGUCAAUUUUUACUAGUACAAGAGUACGUAAGACUUCUUAAUACAUGGUGCGAAUGGAAUAGCGCAUCGAGAAAAUUUAUAUUAGCAGUUGCACUACUUGAAAUGGGAGAAAUACAAAAAGCUUGUGAUCAAUUUCUCCGAGCUUCCAGUGGAAUUUUGACGGAUGAAUUCCUAGCUGAUGCUCUACUCGAAAGUAGCGAACUAUCAGAAAGUAGCGCUUUAAUUCAAUAUUACUUAAAAGUUAUCAAAUUAUUCGAAGAAAGAAACGCUGCCGAUUGUAUCAUUGAACUCGCUGAAACAGCUAUAAUGAUGGCUGAUAAAGACAAUCCUAAUCUACCAACGCUACAUUCUAUAGUAUUCACGCAACACUUGAACUUAGGUCACCACACUAAAGCAUAUAAUUGUUUAAAUUCAAAUCCCGACGCUGCUCGUAGAGUAGAUUGUUUAAGGCAACUAGUAGUAACUUUAUUUGAAAGAAAGAAGUUAAUAGAUUUGAUUUCAUUUCCGUACGUUGAUAUGUACGAGGAUUUAGAAAGAAUAGUUGAAGGUAGAGCCAGAAGCGUGGACCUUAUGGAAAAUAAUUACUACAACUUUCUAUACAGUUUCCAUAUAAAUAAAGGGAAUAUGCGAAAAGCUGCUUCAGUGAUGUAUGAACAAGCUAUGCGUUUGAGUCAAGAAUCGCAGUCAGUUGCAGUUGUAUCGAGACAAGCUCAGUGUUUAUUGGCAUGCAUUAAUGCAUUGCAUCUUGUAUCUGAAAAUUACAGGUGGAUUGUAAGACCUGUAAUUGAUCAAAAUUUUUUGGAAGAAUUGGAUGAUCAAGAUAUGCAAACAAAAAAAAACAUGAGUGAUAAGGAAAUUUUGAAUUAUAACAUAAAGAAACAGAUUGAAGUUCUUGAACUGAACGACAUAAAAAAGGAAUACUACAUAGUAGAUGCUAGAUUAAAAAUAUCAAAAAUUAAUUCAGAAUUGCAAAUCGUCGCGCACGCUGGUCCUUCAGAACUUGUCAUUAUUUUGUCAACUAUUGGCUUGUAUAUAACAGCAUUGCAUUUGUGUGACGAAUUUAACAUUAAUAAAAGCUCUGUAUUCGAAAGUCUGACUUCGCAAUGUAUACGAUUAAGUCGAAGAGAAAAUUCAAAUGCAUGGGACUGGCUUAUUCAAAAUGAUAUAUUCGACAUUGGUUUAACUAACACAAAUGUCACAAACACUGCUUGGGGAUUGCUACAAUAUUUAACUCUGAAUCAUGAGAAAGACAGAUACAGUGAAUUGCAUAAAGCAGUUUCCCGAAAGUUACUUCAAGAAGGAGCUUUUAUACCUCAAUGGUUACUAAUGUCAUAUAAGAAACGAAACGCUGCAGAACUUCUUCGUCUUAUGCUAAACACUGGUAGAAUAUUAGAAGCUAGUGAUUUAGCAGUUGAAUAUAUUAAUGCUGUUAUGGGUAAUGGUAAGAUAGAACAUUUUGGUCUUCAAGCAUUCUUGACAGCUAGAGAUCCCGCAGUCUGGAUACCGUUUAAUACGUUAGAAGUACUUCUGUACGAACUAAAGGAGGCUAUUGAAGAAAAUCCAAUUUUUUCUGAGAGUUAUAAAAAACUACAAGAAGCAUUAAAUAAUUAUAAAGAAAAAGUAACAAGGAUAUCAGAAGAUAUGAUUCAGCUCAAGUUGAGCAGCAAGAGUCAUUAAUAACUAGAAGUAAUGAGAUGUUUCAUUAAAUUUGAUAACAGUAACAUUAAAAACUGCUAAACAUAUAUUGGGGCAUGAUUAAUCGAUACACA